GCCGAGGAGGGGAGGCCGAGCUGCGGGAGCGGGUUCGCAGCUCCGUCCUCAGCACCGCGCCGGAGACCUCGGAGCUGCAGUCCCGAGGCCGCCGCCACACCAUGCGGCUCCCUGACCUGAGACCCUGGGCCUCCCUGCUGCUGGCGGACUUGGCUUUGCUCUGGCUGCUUCAGGGGACCCUGGGGGCCCUGCUACCCCGAGGGCUUCCCGGCCUGUGGCUGGAGGGGACCCUGCGACUUGGAGGGCUAUGGUGGCUGCUGAAGCUGGGGGGACUGCUGAGACUUGUGGGAACACUGCUGCCCCCGCUCUGCCUGGUGACCCCGCUGUUCCUUUCCCUGAGGGCCCUGAUCUCCGGGGCCUUGAGUGCCCCGCCAGCCCGAGUGGCUUCAGCCCCUUGGAGCUGGCUGCUGGUGGGGUACGGGGCUGCAGCGCUCAGCGGGGCUGUGUGGGCCGUGCUGAGCCCCCCAGGCGCCCAGGAGAAGGAGCAGGGCCAGAAGAACAGCAGAGCCUUGAUGUGGCGGCUGCUGAGGCUCUCCAGGCCUGACCUGCCCUUCCUCAUCGCUGCCUUCUUCUUCCUAGCGGUCGCCGUGCUGGGUGAGACAUUAAUCCCUUACUAUUCUGGUCGCGUGAUUGACAUUCUGGGAGGAGAUUUUGACCCUGAAGCCUUCGCCAGCGCCAUCUUUUUCAUGUGUCUCUUCUCCGUUGGGAGCUCGCUGUCCGCAGGCUGCCGGGGAGGCUGCUUCGUCCUCACCAUGUCCAGAAUCAACCUGCGGAUCCGGGAACAGCUCUUCUCCUCCCUUCUGCGCCAGGACCUCGGCUUCUUCCAGGAGACUAAGACAGGGGAGCUGAAUUCGAGGUUGAACUCAGACACCAAACUGAUGAGUUCCUGGCUUCCUUUCAAUGCCAACGUGCUCCUGCGGAACCUGGUGAAGGUGGUGGGGCUGUACAGCUUCAUGCUCAACCUAUCGCCUCGACUCACCUUCCUGUCCCUGCUCGAGGUGCCUCUCACAAUAGCGGCCGAAAAGGUGUACAGUGUCCGCCACCAGGCGGUGCUGCUGGAGAUCCAGGACGCGGUGGCGCAGGCCGGGCAGGUGGUGCGGGAGGCAGUCGGAGGGCUGCAGACCGUGCGCAGCUUUGGGGCUGAGGAGCAAGAGGCCCUUCGCUACGAGGAGGCCCUUGAACGGUGCCGGAAGCUGUGGUGGCGACGAGACCUGGAACGGGCUCUCUACCUGCUCUUCCGGAGGACGCUGCACUUGGGGAUGCAGGUGCUGAUGCUGAGCUGUGGGCUGCAGCAGAUCCUGGCCGGGGACCUCACUCGGGGCGGGCUGCUGUCCUUCCUGCUCUUCCAGGAGGACGUGGGCCACUACGUGCAGACCCUGGUGUACAUGUAUGGGGACAUGCUGAGCAACGUGGGGGCAGCCGAGAAGGUUUUCAGCUACCUGGACCGGCAGCCAAGCCUGCCCCCGGCGGGGACCCUGGAGCCACCCUGUCUGCAGGGGCUGGUGGAAUUCCAGGACGUCUCCUUCGCGUACCCCAACCGCCCCGACCAGCCGGUGCUCAAGGGGCUGACGUUCACCCUGCGUCCUGGUGAGGUGACAGCGCUGGUGGGGCCCAAUGGGUCUGGGAAGAGCACAGUGGCUGCCCUGCUGCAGAAUCUGUACCAGCCCACCGGGGGGAAGCUGCUGCUGGACGGGAAGCCCCUUUCCCAGUAUGAGCACCGCUACCUGCACCGACAGGUGGCUUUGGUUGGGCAGGAGCCUGUGCUGUUCUCGGGGUCCGUGAGGUACAACAUCACCUACGGGCUGGAGAGCUGCAGCGAGCACAAGGUGGUGGCCGCGGCCCAGGCUGCCGGAGCGGAGGAGUUCAUAGAAGCCAUGGAGCACGGCCUGUCUACAGAUGUAGGGGAGAAAGGGAACCUGUUGGCUGUGGGGCAGAAACAGCGUCUGGCCAUUGCCCGGGCCCUUGUGCGGGACCCACGUGUCCUCAUCCUGGACGAAGCCACCAGUUCCCUGGACGUCCAGUGUGAGCAGGCGCUGCAGGACUGGCGAUCCCGCGGGGACCUCACGGUGCUGGUGAUCGCUCACAGGCUGCAGACGGUUCGGGACGCUGACCAGGUCCUGGUGCUCAGGCAGGGACAGCUGGUGGAGCGAGCCCAGCUCCUGGAGGGGCAGGACCUCUAUUCCCGCCUGGUGCAGCAGCUGGAGGACUGAGGCCCGGCCCGCCCUCCUCAGGGCCGCCUUCACCGCAGGCAGCUCCGCCUGGAGCCUCCCUGGGGCCGCCUCUGCGGGUUGGCUGUUCCGGCGGAGGUUCCAGGCGGAGGUUGCACCUCGCCUGCCUCUGUCUGCGGAGAGGGGGCUGCGGCCUGUGUCCAGGGACCUUCCUCCCUUGAUGAGCAGAGCGGUGCCUGGUGCUGAGUAGUGUACUGUGCAUAAUAAAUAUAUUUUAAAAUAUUUUUGCUUAUCAUAUAAAUAGCGCACAUUCAUACAGAGAAGUAAGUCUAACCUUUGUUUCACUUCCCAGAGGUAACCACGGUUACUAUUUUGCUGGCUAGCCUAUUAAUCUUUUAUCUGUUCUUUGAGAUAAAUAUUAGCCAAAUGGACAUAAAUGUUCCUGAGGCUGCCUUUCUGUAUCCUUCCCCAUUCCACCAGUGUCUGAUAUUU